ACCGAAUACAAAUAAUCAAAUAUUAGAUGUAACUAGCAAAUACAAUAUACAAAUACAUUUUUACCAUUACAAUUAUUGUUCACCAACUUUCAUCGACCUGGUCGUCUUCGUCAAUUACAUUGCUUCUCUACCAAUUAUUCUUCUCUCAAUGUACUCAUAGCUGAUUCGUCCAUUUUCCUUUCGCUCCUCUCCUUUUUCUUUCGUAUUUUUAUGUCUUCUUAUCGCCCCUCCCGUGUCCGUGUAUGAGCGAAUACGCACACCUUCAUAUGACCGCGCCUAUCCCCAUCUCCGUCUUCAUCCCUAAUCGCAAUGGAAGACCUCUCAAGAGCUGAAUACCCGGCUAUGCUGGCCAACCUCCAGCCGAACCAAGCUGUCCAUGCUCUUAACGAUCGAGUCAAGCGCAUAUCCAAAGUCAACACUGAGAUCGCCGAUUGGUUACAGGAGCGCCGGAAAGUAGAGGAACAAUAUGUCCAAGGUUUGAAGAGGCUGACCCAGCUUCGCGUACCUAAUCCGCAGUCGGAACUGGGUACAUUUCAAGCACAAUGGGACAAGAUCCUCCAGUCCGCCGACUCUGUUGCGAUGUCGCAUCACAUCUUCGCUACUAAGAUCGAAAAAGAUGUUGAGACACCACUGCGAAACUUCCACCAGAAGAAGGAGAUGCUCAAUAUCCAGACCAUUCAAGGGAACCUUCAAAACAUGGCUAAGGAGCUAGAGGAUGCCCAAGACCGGUCCGAUAAGCUCAGUAAGAAGGGUGGCAAAGCCAGCGCUCAAAAGGUUGACCUAGCAGCUGGAAAACUAGAGUCUGCCACACAACAGUGGGAAUCGCAAUCGCCAUUUAUUUUCGAAUCUUUACAAGCCCUUGAUGAGACUCGACUGAACCAGCUUCGCGACCGCCUUACCCAAUACGUUACCUACGAGGCCGAACAGGCGCAACGGCAUCAAUCUGAAGCCGAAGAGGUACUCAACAGUUUGCUAGAAUAUAGUACUGCAGCCGAGAUUCAACACUUCGUAACCAAGACCAUCGCCGGACGACCUAAGAUCGAAAAGCGGACGGCUAUGGGACGACAAAUUUCUAAUGUGAGUGGACCUAACACCUCGUUAGCGCCUCCUUCUAGUCUGCACACGCCAGCUCCCGACGAUCAUAGUGAUCACUCAGGCUAUAAGGAGGGACAGCCGGAAAACAAGCUACGGAGUCGGAUUGGAACCAUGCUAGGCCGAAGACGACAAAGCGUACAUGGUGGCUUCGGCCAACUGCCUCAAACAAAGGGUCCGUUUGGAAGGAACAUCAAAAGUAGCCAUGGUAUAUCGCCUAGAGCCUCGUCAAGCAACCUCGGUGACUCAUCGCAUCGAUUAGGGUCGCUAGUGGAAGACCCGGAUACCAUUGACGCCCCUUCGCGUGCGUCGGAGGCGAGGGAGAAGCUUAGUCACGAUGGUACGAACGGAUUAAGCCGUGACGGCUUUAAUGAUUUGGCACCACCAACAACAGCAAGAUCGAUACAUUCCCAAAUUAACGGCACAUCGGCUGCUAUUGACGUCUCGGAUGUUCCACCUCCACCCGGACCCCCGCCGUCACAAAAGGAACCGGAGAAGGAUGCAGAGGGGUACAGCUUGCCUCCUGCCUCUAACGACCCGAUCUCUCAAGCGCAAAGGGAAGCCGCUGCGCAAGAAGCUGAACAGCUCUUCAGACUCAACAUCCAGAAAGAACCGGUUGCCGAGGAAGACCCGGAGGAAAAGAAAGCUGCGCUUUCAAACGUUGCUAACAGCCUCUCUGCUAUGGGGGUGCCUGCACGAAGGGUGGGCACUGUCAGGGGCCGAAGAGAUGUGCGAAAUACCAUUUACGUUCCCGCCCCAGUCUCUGAAGGCUCCAUGACAGAGACCCCGGCUCCUUUUGCCCCUUCGUUGCACACUCUGUCAUCUAAGCCUACUGGCCUUACUACUAUUGCUUCAGAGGCUAGCGUUACCGGCACCUCGGAUACACAGUCAAUUCGGUCAGGCAAUUCGCUGAGCAGUAUUGUCCACGCAAAGCACCCCGACAUGCACGAGCCCGGCCUUAACUCUUCUAUCAUGGAGACCGUCUCAGCCACGUUCGAAAAUGGUGAAGUCAAGACGGUGAAAAUAAAUGGCGAGAUCGCCUUUUCAUACAAUGCUUCUGAUAUUUCUAAUUUCACAUCUCACUUACCUAUUCGCAUCAACAACUUUUCGGCCCUUGAUGUUAUUGGCCCUAACCGUAUUUUUGUUACGAACGAUACCCCUGACCACCCAAAUCAAUUCACGUUAGAUCUAUCUCAUCUUCACAAGACAUCGAUUGGAUUUUCUUACAGACUUCAUGUUGACUCAAACAUACCCCCUACAGAACAAGUCCCCGUUCUUCUCAGUACUGCGUGGAAGCCACAGGGAGAUAAAUUGGGCCUCGUGAUUCAAUAUAAACUCAACCCAACUUUCAAAUUCUCCAGUUCCGGCUCUAGUGUUCAAUUCCAUAACUUGGUAAUCUCUGCCAUGUAUGAAGGCAAGGCGUCGGGCGCGCAGACCAAACCUUCUGGAACGCACCUCAAGGAGAAACAUAUAGUAUACUGGCGUCUCGGCGACGUGACCUUAUCUCCAGCAGCAGACUGGCAGAAAAUCGUGUGCCGCAUAAUAGGUGACCAGGGCGUGGAACCUAAACCAGGUGCUAUCGAGGCACGAUGGGAAAUCAACCAGCCGGCAUCGAUAGAAAGCCCGAGUGCCAUCUCGGUCUCAAGGUUUGAGGAGAGCAAGGGGAAAGAGAUCGAGCUCACCUCAGACGACCCAUUCGCAGAUGACACGGCGACUUCGGAAGACGGGAAGUGGAUCGACGUUCCCGCGAUCCGGAAACUAGUGAGCGGGAAGUACGAGACAAGAUAAGAUCCAUCUACAACCGACCUUGGCCGGAUACACACCUACCUAGGGGUGCGCGUACACCAUACCACGCCACGCCACGCAUUGGGAGAAGAUAUUCUUUUUUGGGAAAACAAUAGGAAAAUUAUUGUCUGCACGACGAGGGAAUGCUCUUUUGUACAUUCGAUUAGCGGGUUGUCAAAAUUGAGGGUUCCAUUUGUGCAUAACACCUCAUCUUUUUUUUCCCUUCCUCUUCUUCUUCUUUCUUCUCUUUCCCCCCCAUCCCCCCUUUUAUUUUUUUGAGUAGUUUCAUCUUGUUCCACACAAAUCUUCUACGUCUGUUGAUGAUGUCUACCACCUAGGUACCUUAUCUUAUGUAGGUCAGAUAUCAUGUAUAGGUAACAUUGAAGAAACUUCAACGUUGUCUAGGUUAGGUAGGGAUAUUAUACCUACUACUAUGUAUCUGCCUCUUUUUUUUUUUUACCAGUACCUUAUGUACCUUAUGUAGGUAGUGGCAUCGGAAGAAACCGUCAAAAUAUCGAUUUUUUUACAAAUCCAAAUCAAAUCUAUGUCACUUUUGAAA